AUGGCGGCUCCCUGGAGGCUGGUGGACGCUCCCUGGGCGUCCCUGGUCGUGCUGGCGGCGGUGGCGGCGGCGACCGCCCACGGCUCGCACACGGCGCGCCUCACCUUCGGCACCACGUUCGGCAACACCAACGUCAAGCCCAACAACUCGUACACGCCGCCCACGCGGCCCCCAGUGCUAGACGCGCCGGAGGAGGCUCGCUCUUCGAGGCUCACGACGUUCGGCAGCAUCAACCCCAAACCCCAGAAUAGCACUAGCACCGUGCGCGGCAAGGACUGCAAGCAGGACCGCGACUGCGCCGGCCUGCAGAACACCACGUGCCAGGUGGACCCGCGCGACCAGAAGAGGCGCUGCCUGUGCUUCGACAAGAGCGGCCCGCAGAACGGCGCCUGCACGCACUCGCGCAAAGGGCCCAAGGCGCCGUGCAGCGCCGACCAGGAGUGCAUCAGGAACGCCGUGUGCGUGCCGCACAACGCCUCGUCGACCGUCAGCCAGAAGCUGUGCCAGUGCCGCGGCUUCUACGACGAGGAGGACCACGAGUGUGACGGCGGCAGGAUGAUGGGCUUCGCGCCGGCGUGCCUCGCUGUCACGGCCCUGGUGGUCGCCUACCACGCGUGGCUCUAGAGGCGGCGCUGCCACGUGGAGAACAACACGCUCUCUCCGGACUAACAACAAAUAGAAGACAUAUUCCUCUCUCUUUGUUGCUGCGCUUACUUCCAGAUCGUUUCAGAGUUUCGCGGCAGCUCCCUGCGUGUUUUGGUGGCAUAGCUGACGGUGCUUUGUAGCAUUCUUGAUGGCGUACGUACUACUUCACCACGAAGUUAAAUUUUUUAGAAUUUUAAAUGUGAAAGUGCAUCGUUAACUUUUAAACGAACAAAAUCACUUCAUUUGUAAACAUUCUUUUUUAAAGUCAUAACUUUCGUUAGAAUGUAAAAAUUUCACCUAGUAACUAUCAGCUAUGCUUCUAACUAAUUUUCAUUUACAAAUAAUAUGUCAAAGUUAUAAUCCUUUAAAAUUUUCUUAAUUUUACCUGAGCCAUAAGUACAUUUAAAUAUGUGUAAAAAUGUAUAGUAGGUGUGGUGUAUAAAUGUUGUAUGUCUAUCCAGAUAUUACUUAUCAUGCUAUUUAUGAAUGUUAUUGACUAUUCUUAAGAUAUAUUCGCUUUAUAUUUGCAUGACAUGCUGCAGUUACCUGUAAAAAUAAAUUACAUUUUAAUGCAAUUUUUUAACACAAUGAAAUUUUUAUACGACAUUUAGUAUUCUUUGUAAUACUGGAAUAGUUCAAUAAACAUAUUAAAAUAUAAAACCUUGUUUUCGAGAAGAUAAGUAUAGGCACUUUCAAAUAACUUCAUUCCAAUCUACAUUCAUAAUAUUGUUAAAACAUUGAAUAAAAUGAGAACAAAUAAUUUACAACUUAUUAAGAAUUAAGGAUUUUCCUUAGCAGUCUCUUUUAUUCUUAAAAAGCUGCUAUGCAACAUUUUGAAAUGUAUAUUAAAAUAUUUUAUGUUAAUUUUAAUAGACUAAUAUAAAAACACUAACUUAUCUUUCUAUUGAAGUUAUAUUUUGUGUAUAAUAUUUCUGUUAAUAUACAUGAGAAUAAAUACACAAAAUUAUUAUGAAGACGUAAAUAAAUUUAUUAUGACUUGUUAACGUACUUUAGAUUAGUUAGCGGUAGGAACUCGUUGGCUGUGCUUGCAAUGAUAAUAUGAGAUUGUUAAGAAUCUAUCUAUAAAACCGCACUUUCCCAGGAAUCAAGUAAUCGACAAUAUCCAAAACAUACAAUAAACAUUAAUGGAUCAGUUAUAUUGCAUAAAAUCACCUAUAAAAUCAAUAUUUUGGUAGUCGCCAUUUAUUUGAGUUAUUAAUUAAUGUAGAGUUAUAAGUAACAAGUGUUUUUUAUUCACAUCUAUAAAAAAACGUAGACACCAUCACGCAGAUCUAUGACAUACUAUUCGCAGGUCAUUUAAAGUUCUCUUUGUGAAGGUUAGAAAUCGUUAACCUUAAAAUAUUCUUCCGUUACCCUCUUUCGGCAUUAUAUUACUGAAAUAUUAUUAUUAGAAGUGGAUAUUACAGGUCCGGAAAGGAUAGCCCAAUCAACUGACUAGAGUGUUAUUUGUUACCUAAUGUUUGCUGUAUUCGUUAAGUUACAAUAAUUUAAUUGUUUGUCUACAAAUUAAUCACUCCUUACCAUAAUUUAUUAUCCCCAUUGGAGCUCGGCUGGACAGUGGCUCUCUCUACUGCUUAUAUCUUACCGGGCACCACUGUAUCAGCACCCUGCCUGCACUACUCACUCGUCCGCCGCACACACAACACCCGGAUGCACCACGAGGCCUGUCGCUCGCCGUAUCGCUCACCAAGGGGCCACCAACUCUUCACUCCACUGCUCUCACAGGUGUCCCCACAGCCUCUCUCUCUCCCACUACUCGCCGCAGGCCGUCCUCCGUCUUAACUACCUGCCAGGUCCCAGCCUGGGAAGGUCUCGUAGCCCUCUCGUAGUGUCGCGUCAUCAGAGUCGACCUAACAUUCGAAGCCUCGAGAACAAUGGUGUCCUAGUUACGCCACUUCACGCAGUCGGGGCUCUGAGAAACACUCGAGAGAUAGGAAGAGAGGCGCCGCUCCUUAUCGGAUUCCCGCAGAGGGACGGGUGCCAAUGUCCUGAAGGGAAGACAUCCCCUUGAACGCCCUGCUGGCUGGCGCGCCAAGUCGACUGGCCCGCCUCACUGCACCACCUCUAGUAUCCCCGUAACAAUAUCAUAGAGUAAAAACUUCUUGAUGUGAUUCAAAGCGCAGACAUUUUUAAGAUCGUGAAUUCUGCACUCUUGGUUUUGGUCUCAUGUACAAUUUGGCGCAGAUGAAGACACAGAACAAAUAUUCAUCACUGCAUGCGUUAUAUCUUUACACAUGAAAUAAUACGCCCCAUCAGACCUCGUGUAGAUGCGCUAGUAAUUGGGAACCUCGAAGGGGAUGAACAACCAAGAGAGCAUGUCUUUCUUCAUUUACAUAAGUUAGAAACUCUCUGGAGCCUUUCAAAUUAAAUGCGCUAUUAUUUUUAAAAAAAUUUAUUCUUUCAACUGCUUCUACACUUGCAAUCUCGGACUAUAAUUGUGACACUACGUGAAUAUUUAACUUACGUGAUAUGUAUAUUAGCAAUAUCUGACUUUUGGGGCAUCACGUCAAAUUGGUAACACGAAACAACUUUUGUCGGAAAAAAUUAUUCCUGGAGACACUUUAUUGUGACAGUGCGCGUAAUGAUCUACUGCAUCUUACGCCCGAUUAGAUCAGCCUCAAUACGAGCAGAAAUUAAGUGUUGCCUACUCUUCAGAAAGAAAAAAAGAUAUUCUGGUUAAUUGUGUUAGUGUCAGAGUGUUGUAAUUAUUUAAAUAAAGUUAUAAAAAUGCGUUUCAAAAGUACACACGUAUGGUUGGUUCUGUUAACCAAAACUCGUCAAUUUUCGUUUAAACACAAUUCUACAUCGCAUUCAAAAAUUUAUCGCAUUUUAGUCUCUCUUUAGUUAUAUGUAAUUUAAAACUAAAGUACAAUAAUCUAUUAUUCAUAUGACAGACGAAUAUAUUUAUUAUUAAUACAAAAUACGUGAGUUUCAUAUACAUAAACUUUGAGUUAAAAAAAAUGAAAAACCCGCUUUUAUCAUUGAAUAAACUAAAAAUAAAAUUCAAAUUUAAAUUUAUUCACCAACAGCCAAAUAAUGCACCACAGCUCUAACUAAAAACGUGGGGUUCUCGAUAUCGUUUGUCUUAAAUUUUCUAUCAGUAUUAACAAUAUGAUUUGUAAUAGAUUUAUAUCACUAACUUUAGGAUAACUUAUAGUCAAUGCGAAAAUUUUAGAAUAUAGAAAAUUCGAAAAUUUUAGGAUAAAGACAUUACGAAAAUGAAUAUAUGAGCUUUAUAAAAAAAUUAACUUAAAUUAGUAAUUGGGUCUUCCAGGUGCGCAAAUCUGUAGGAUUCGCAAGU